GCAGGAUUAUACUAUACCGGCUUAUUUCACGCGGCCGCCAUUUUAAGAAACUAAAGCGAGGCUGCGGUGGGAAGAAACCCGGAAGUAACCUGAAGUAAACAUUGCAAAAACAUGCCGUGGACUACAAAUCUCCAGCUGUUGCCACGAUUUGAAAGUACAGAUGUGGAAAAGUGGGCUGAGGAAGGGUGCCGCAUUCCAAGAGCUGUUCUUCUGAAAGGAUACAGUAAUUGGAUUGAGGGAUACAUCACAAAUAUCGAAGAUUCAGUUUCCAGCUGAAGGUUGUUUUGUCAUCGGGGAGUCAAAUUGCAACUGCAAAGCUGGCCUGGGUCACUGCAACCACCAAAUAGGGCUGCUGUAUACCCUGGCACACUACAUUAAAAUGCAGUACAUAUCCGUUCCACCCAUUGUUAGCCAAACCUCCAUGCCACAGACAUGGCAUAUUCCUCCUCGCUCUACUGGUCUAGCCCCUAAACCUAUUAAUAUAAUUAGUAUAACAAAAUUAAAGCCACCAGCAGCUAAUCCAUCCCAAACAAAAAGAUCAAGUCAUGGUAUUACCCCAAAUGUCUAUUGUCCUGUUUCAACUCCUCUACCAAGCGAUCAAUUUGCUAAUGACCUUCACGACAAUCUAAGUAAAAUUGGAAGCAACAGCCAAAUGUUUAAACUGCUGCAGGCAUCAAAGGCACACCCAGUGGAAAAAGUAGCUACUGAAUUUGGAUAUAUGCCACAUGGAUCAGCAUUGACCUACCAAGUUGUGAGGUUGCCCACUACCACCACAGACUCCUACCCACCUUUUCCUCUCCCACCACAGCCAUGUUCUUUCUCAACAGCUCUCAGUGAGCAUGAGAGCAUUUUCUAUAGUGGCUUGACUGUUACACACCCUGAUGCUGAGGUACUAGAGAAAGAAACAAGGGGGCAGAGCAACAGUAAAGUUUGGCAACGUCUGCGUUCCCAGCGUCUGACAUCAUCCACCUUUAAGAGGAUAGUCUCACGAUUUGCAGACUUCAACAGCCUUGCCACCAGCAUGCAGAAACGAAAAAUAGUUCAGACACCAGCAAUGAAGAGGGGACUGGAACUGGAGCCAGUCGCAGCUGCACAAUACAAGCAGAUCACCAACAAUCAGGUUUACCCUUGCGGCUUUGUCAUAAACCCUCAUGCCCCCCAUUUAGGCACGUCUCCUGAUCGAAAGGUGGUCGACAGCACUGGAGCUCUGGGGUUACUUGAAAUUAAGUGUCCGGAUGUGGACAGUGUCUUAGAGUGCAAGUACCUUUCUUUAGGAGCAGAUGGUGUACUGGGUCUCAAAACCAGUCACGAAUACCACUAUCAGAUGACUGGACAAAUGGGAAUCACAGGGUUGACAUGGUGUGACUUUUUUGUCAAAUCCAGAAAUGAUUUCCACCUGGAACGUAUACACUUUGAUGUAGAAAAAUGGGAAGCCAUGAAAGCUAAGCUGGACAUGUUCUUUUUUAACUAUUGGCUACCCAACCUGUGCUUAUAUGUUUAAUAUCACACAUUACCUCUUCAAGGAAUAGUUCAUUGAAAAAUGUCAAUUUUGUUAGCUAUAACUCAUCCUCAUGAUAUUCUA